CGGCGGUUGGGAAUUUCCGAAAAACCGCAGGAGCUUUAGUCAGUAGCUGUUCGAUCGAGUAGCGUGUAGGAGGAGGUUUUCAAUUGACGACCAAAGUACUUAUACUCAUUUGAAGAAAAAAAACAAGAUAACGCCUGCAUUAUAUAAGCCGCAAAAACCUGGGUUUUAUUUCUCGUCAUCAGUUAGAAUCCUCAGGAAAUAGUUCAAGAAACUGUCUGUUGUAUUUGGCAUGACGAGGACCGCUGUCGCUAUGCUGCUGAUAAAUUCAGUAGUUUUCUUCUAUUUUAUUGGAUUAAGUUCACAAUCAUCUGUGGACCCCGGAUCUUCUAGUUCUGGAAAUAAAACUUCUCAAGCUUCUAGUUUUGGAAGUCAACAUCUUCGAGGUUCUAGUACUGAAAGUAAACGUUCUGGAUAUUCUAAUUCUGCAAGUAAACGUUCUCUAGCUUCUAGUUCUGGAACUCAAUUGCCUCCUGAAAUUAACAGAAAAGGACUCCAUAUACCCGAUGGUGUAGAAGUAUGGUGGGAAAAGGACAAAAUCAUUGCAAUGGAGCAAAAUGGUGUUUAUAGACCAUUCUUGUUCUUUGCGCAAUAUGCUAUGAUACAGGCAGUGGUAAAUAAAAAGGAUCCCUCUAAGAUAGGAUUCAAUGUUGUGAUUCUUAGUAGCCAAGAAUGGCUAAGUUAUAUGGCUAAAUAUGCUGCUUAUAAAAAGAGAGACUCGAUACUUUAUAGCGCUAGGAGCACGGUAUUGGAGUAUACUCAGGCUAAACGUCAGGCUCUAGAAGAAUUGAGACUUGAGAGAGAACGAGAAGCUGCAUUUAAGGAACUAUAUAAAUAUGACAAAAAACAAGGCUUGUAUGGGGAUCCUGAGCAAGGAAAGUCACAAUAAAACUCCACUUUCGACUUUAUUGUGGAUUUAAACAUGCUAUGCCACACUGUCGGCCCCUACGCGAAUUAACCAAAAUGGCCGUGGAUGGCAUAUCAAAUACUUGCAAAGCAUCACGAAACCAGGAAAAACAUAGCGUUUAACUGUAAUAAUCAUCCAACUGAAUAAAUAAAUGCUGUAAUAAGUAGCUCUGAUAAGUAAAAUA